AUGCCUUCUCUUCGCUGCCUCUUCGCCUUCUUCGUCUUGGGCCUCGCCUCUCUAGCCUCAGGCCUCCCCAUCCUCGGCAACAAGCCAUUAAACCCCCUCGGACUCGAGACGCUUAUCCUCGAGGAACAAAGAGAUGGCACACGCAACGUCUCCUUGGGAGAUAACAUCGAGAAGAGACAAUGGCGUGACUUGCCAAAUCCCCAUUUUACCCUCAUCAAUGCCACCCCCUAUAGGUGGCAAAGGGGCUACAUCCACCAGUACCAGAUGCCAGACUGGGAAACCGACUUCCCCCAACUCAUCUAUCCAGGAGAGUUGGCUGCUAUCCUGAUUCAGCCAUCGAAAGGAUACAAGAACUGGGCAGACUCCGCAGCCGAAGUGGUAUAUCACCUCGUGGGAACGUCAGAGCCCAUGUCGUUCAUGGUCAAGUUCAACUAUCGGCACGAGGCCCUCCAAGUCGAGUUCCUUGAAUCCCUGUCUUCCAUGAACAACGCCAAGGCAAGCGUUCACGACUUUGACAUCAAAACGUUCCCCUACGGCGCGUCAGCCUUCACCAUCGCCGGCGAAGAGGGCGACUUCAUCACAAACGAUCCGCCCAUCGGCUGGAUGCAGGCCAUGCUUCCCGAACUGGCAGACAAGCCCCUGCGGGAGAUUGUUCUCGGGAGGUCACAUCACUCCGGCCUAUGGUACCCUCACAUAUGCAUUGGCCUCGCGAUGCCAGGAAACACCGUGACGCAGAGCAUCAACCUUCGCGAACAGCUCGGCAACGGCGGCAUCCGCGUCCUCGACUUCCGGCCCCUCAAGACUGAAGACGGGUUUCGCGAGAUCCAUGGCGUACGAAACAAUGACCCCUUGGGUGGCAAAAUGUUCCAAGGCACCGAGGGGGCCACCUUGAGCGAGCUGAUACAAACCGUCAACGAGUUCAAUCGAAAGUACCCCGGCGAGCUCAUCAUCUGGGAUGUGCACGGCCAUGACGCCUGGAACAAGGAAGAACAAUUCCGCCCACUCAAUGACAGCCAAGAAGACCGUGUAGCGCUAUACAACGAGUUCCUGGCGCUGGAGAACCGCGUCGUCAUCCCCGACGACGUCAAAGACCUCAGUACAUAUCCCCUAUACCGCUUCAUCGGCAACAAGACAUCCGCCGUCCUCGUCAACUUUGACGAUGUCUGGCGCGACAAGGAUAUCGACGUGUUCCCCGGUAACCGCGAGGGCUUCGUCACGGGCAAAAUCUUGCCGCUCAGCCACCCCUGGAGCAAUACCAACAACGUCAACACGAUGACCAAGGGCCAGGUGGCCUACUUUCACGCGAUUCGACCCGUGCCGCAGAGGCGUAUCAACAUUGCCGAGUGGAUCUUGACGCUCAAAGGCAUCCAAUUGUUACGGGACAGCAUCUUGGAACAGUCCGGUGCUGCGUGGCGGUCAUUGUUUGCUAAUCUCUGGCCGGCGACGACAAGCGACUCUUAUCCUAACUGGAUAUCGGUGGACAAUGUGCGCGGAAACGAUCUCAAGACUCUCGUCAUGGCAAUGAACCGUUGCCUGGUGGCAAAGAAAUGCGGUGUUCUCGGUGGUAAGGUCAUCAUGGCAUAA